AUGCCAUCAAAGAAAAGAAAAGAAACAUUGAAUAAAAAUACGUUUGAUUUAUCUGAAAAAGGUGGAAAUCAUAAUUGUUUUGUUGUUCCAAAUGAGUAUUUAUUAUUCAGAAUAACCAAAAAUUUUAAAUUAUUAUUUACUAUCUGUUUCAGUAGUACUCUGGAUUCGUUUGUUCGUAAUAUAGAAAAUUUUAUUCCUACCGAAAAAAAUGGUAUGGACAUGGGAAGUCCUAAAUUAAAAGAAAAAAUAAUUCAUUCUGACUCAGAUCUUGAUUCGGCAAAAAUGUUUGGCGAUGAAAAGAGUACAGAAUGUGAAACUGUUAAUAGCAUUGAUCAAGAAAUCAAUGGUUCAUUUGAAGUACCAAUGGUUCAAUCAACUGAUGAUACUGUAACUGUUAAUGAAAAUCUAUCUUCAUUGACAUCGAUUUCAACAAUCAUUGACAAUAAUUUUUGUAAAGAGUUAGAAUCAAUUCAUCGUACAGAUGGAAAAAAACCUUCUGAUGAUAAUUCAUCAAAAGUCACUUAUCAACAGCUAGUUAAUGAAAAUUUGGAGUUAAAAAGACAAAUAGAAAUAUAUCGAUCUGACUGGAUGCCUAAACCGGUUGGUAGUGCGUCGACAUAUUUCAUAGAAAUGGGCAGGCGACUUUCAAGCAAUAGAAAUAUUGAACAAGCUGCUCAUGAAAGAAAAAUAGCUGACAUUAGCUCGAUCUUGAAAUUAAGCGCUGGUCAAUUAAAAAAGAAAAGAGCUAAAAUGUUGGUUACGUCCAUGAAUACAACAACACUUGAAGCAAUUCGUGAUUAUGCAAAACUUAUGCAUCCUAAUCAAUCAAACACAUCAACGAACCAAUUGAACAACGCUAUAGGAAAUGUGUUUGGUGCAGAGAAAUAUAAGCAAAAUAAAAAAGCUAAAAAGACAUAA